CUGUCAGGCUCCGGCUGCCACGCUUGUAGCCACUUGUUAGUUAUUUGGAGAAUUCUUUCGCUGAGCAAAACAUGACGGAAAUCUCGCCCGAUUCAGGGUGUCCCCGGAAACCCCGGGUACUGAUCAUCACGGUGCAACAAUUCCACGGUCAAUUCCCCUUACGCAGAAGACCUUUUGCUGCGAUAGACACAAAACGUCUGCACAACGUGCUGUCCAACCUGGGCUUUGAGGUAAGGCUAAAGAUCGACUACACAGCCCGGGAGAUCCUACAGGAGUACAAGAGAGAAAGCCAGAGGCAGCACGGAGCCUGUUUCAUCUCCAUUAUUUCCAGCCACGGAGAAGACGGUGUGAUAUAUGGGGCAGACAGUCAGCCGGUCCCACUCCGCCACAUCUACUCCCUGUUCACAGCCCAGAACAGCCCCAGCUUGGCCGGCAAAGCCAAGAUCUUCUUCAUCCAAGCCUGCCGGGGAGACCAACUGGACCCUGGGGUAACCCUGGAGACUGACCAUAUGGUGGAGAUGGAAAGCGCUCUCCCACAGGAAGAAGCUUUCUCCCAUUACCAGGCCAUACCAGAAGCAACCGCUGUGCACUUCUCUACCACUUCGGAUUACUCAGCGUUCCUGACCGCAUCGGGGUCAUUUUUCUUCCAGUCUCUGUGCGACUUGCUGGAGGAGGGAGAGCAGAGACACUGGGAGCUGCUGAGGAUAAUGACGCGGGUCAACUUCAUGGUGGCCACACGUUUCUUGUCCAGGGGGAGAGAGAUUGGAGGCAAGAAGCAGAUGCCUUGUUUCGUUACAAAGCUGACGCAGGAGGUUUUCCCCUUCACGGACCAGCAAAAUCUGUAGCUCGGUGGUUAGAGCGCUCGCCUCG